AGCCGUCUCUUCCGCUCCCCUGCGUACUCACGCAUCGCUAUACACCACUAUACUAUUAUUAUUAUUAUUACUGUUGCUGUUUUGUUUUUAAAAACAAGUCAGCUAUUUACUUCACAGAGUUUUCUAUUUCUGCCGAAUCGCCAGACCAUCGCUUCUUCUUCUUUUCCUGUCUUCAAACAGACCUCUACACAUACCUUGUGCCUUACCUGACGGCUUUUGAUACUCGCCCAGUCUCCCGCUUGUCAUUGCCUCCACAGGUUUAGUGAGGUGUGGAAGAGAGGGAAAAGAGCAAAACUAAAAAUGCUCCAACGCAUGAACACUCGCGUCGGCGCCAACGCGCUCGCCUCUGCGCUGCGCCUGCAGCAGCGCAAGUUUGCCUCCGCCGGUCUCUUCUCUUUUGCCGCAACCGGGCGCUGCAAGUUGCCGUACGGCACCCGCUUUCCCCUCUCUACAACGGCCGCAGCUGCAGCUGCCUCUGCCUCUGCGUCGACCUUUGCCGUACAGAACGCCGUGCGCAGCUACACCACCGCCACCCGUCCGCAGCUGAUGCGAGUGCGCGGCAACGACGAUGUGCAGAACAUGAACAGUCCGAUGAACUGGUCUGGCAGCGGCGGUAGCCAGGCGGAUAGCUUAACCCCGUACGUACGCCAGCACCUCGCCCGCGUCUACACGCUGCUCGGCUCCGCCUGUCUGACGGCGGGUCUGGGCAGCUUCCUGAUGGUGGCGACUCCCCUCGGACGCGCCAUCCCCUAUUGGUUUCCCAUGCUCGGUGGGUUUGUGCCGCUGCUGUGGCUGUCCUUCGCGCCUCCGGCCAACCCCUCGUUAAAGCUCGGCCUCUUCUUUUCCUUUGCCUUGUUGGAGGGCAUGGGACUCGCCCCGCUGGUGCUCAUGACCUCCAUGAAAGGCGUCCUCACCACCUCCAUCCUCCUAACCGCGGCGGUCUUCGGCGGCUUUAGUGCGGCCGCCUACCUCGCCCCCCGCGCCUCCAUGGUCGCCUGGCAGGGCCCGCUGUUCGGCGCGCUGAUCGGCAUGGUGGCCAUCUCCGUCCUCAACAUUUUCUACCCGACCGCCAUCGCCCAUUCGAUUAUCCUGUACGGCGGCCUCGCGCUUUUCUCGAUUAUGGUGGCGGCGGAUACGCAGGCGAUGAUUGAGCGGGCACGCUGCGGGGCCGGCGAUCACGUGCAAGAUGCGCUGCAGAUGUUCCUGAACGUCAUCAACAUCUUCGUCCGCAUUGCGCAGAUCAUGGGCAGCAUGGACCGGUAA